AUGGCGGGGCGGCUUAGGCUGGCGCUCCCUAUCCUCCUCUUCUUCUUGCUCGUCGGGCAAUGCCACGGCGGCAAGAUUGGCGUCUGCUACGGCCGCAACGCCGACGACCUGCCGGCGCCGGACAAGGUGGCGCAGCUAAUCCAGCAACAGUCCAUCAAGUACGUGCGCAUCUACGACAGCAACAUCGACGUCAUCAAGGCCUUCGCCAACACCGGCGUCGAGCUCAUGGUCGGCGUCCCCAACUCCGACCUCCUCGCCUUCGCGCAGUACCAGUCCAACGUUGACACGUGGCUCAAGAACAGCAUCCUCCCCUACUACCCGGCCACCAUGAUCACCUACAUCACCGUCGGCGCCGAGCUCACCGAGAGCCCCACCAACGUCUCCGCCCUCGUCGUGCCAGCCAUGCGCAAUGUGCACACCGCACUCAAGAAGGCCGGCCUGCACAAGAAGAUAACCAUCUCCAGCACGCACUCGCUCGGGAUACUGUCUCGGUCGUUCCCGCCGUCUGCUGGGGCGUUCAACAGCAGCUACGCCUACUUCUUGAAGCCUAUGCUCGAGUUCCUUGUGGAGAAUCAGGCGCCAUUCAUGGUGGAUUUAUACCCCUACUAUGCGUACCAGAACUCACCAAGCAAUGUGUCCCUCAACUACGCCCUGUUCUCGCCACAGUCUCAGGAUGUGAUUGACCCAAACACUGGACUGGUUUACACCAACAUGUUCGAUGCCCAGGUUGAUUCCAUCUUCUUUGCGCUCAUGGCUCUGCACUUCAAGACUCUGAAGAUCAUGAUCACUGAGUCAGGGUGGCCAAACAAAGGGGCAGCCAAGGAAACUGGAGCCACUCCAGACAAUGCUCAGACUUACAAUACCAAUUUGAUACGUCAUGUUGUUAAUGACAGUGGCACACCGGCGAAACCAGGGGAAGAAAUUGAUGUCUACAUAUUUUCAUUGUUCAAUGAGAAUAGGAAACCUGGCAUCGAGUCGGAGAGGAACUGGGGACUGUUCUUUCCUGAUAAGAGCUCUAUCUACAGCCUUGAUUGGACGGGCCGAGGCAAUGUGGAUGUUAUGACUGGAGCAAACAUUACAAGUGCAAAUGGUACCUGGUGUAUUGCUUCAACUAAUGCAUCAGAAACAGAUCUGCAGAAUGCCCUCAACUGGGCAUGUGGUCCAGGCAACGUAGAUUGCUCUGCCAUUCAACCAAGCCAACCUUGCUACCAGCCGGACACUUUAGCUUCCCAUGCUUCGUAUGCAUUCAAUAGCUACUACCAGCAAAAUGGAGCCAACGUUGUGGCCUGUGACUUUGGUGGUGCGGGAAUACGAACGACGAAAGAUCCGAGUUACGACACUUGUGUCUAUUUGGCUGCCGGCUCAGAGCAACUCCGGUCCAGGUCCAGUUCCAUGCGCCAAAUGCUUGGCCACUUUGCUCCCCAUGCUGGCCCCUGUGAUGGCUGCAGUUAUGCUGUGAUCUAUGGAAACGCUCCAGCUAGCCUCUUCAGAUGUGAGAUGAAAGGUGAAUUGCCAGAUUGCAUAAUGCUGGUAGCCAGUGAUUUUCUGUUUUGCCAUGAGCAGUAG